AUGGAGCUAUGGAACCACACCUCCCGAUCAGAGUUCAUCCUUUUGGGACUGUUCAGCUACUCAGCAUAUGAUUUCCUCUUUUUUCCCUUUGUCCUUCUAGCCUCCACUUCUGCCCUGGUUGGCAACAUCCUCUUUCUCCUACUCAUCCAGGUCAAUAGGCACCUGCACACCCCAAUGUACUUUUUCCUCAGCCAACUCUCCAUCAUGGACCUGAUCAUUAUGAGCACAGUGGUGCCCAAGAUGACAGCUAAUCUUCUCUUGGGCCGUAAGUUCAUCUCUUGGGGUGGCUGUGCCAUUCAGGUCUUCCUAGUGGUCAUGGUAGGAGGAGCAGAGUGCUUCCUCUUGGCAGUCAUGGCCUAUGACAGGUAUGUGGCAGUUUGCCACCCCCUGUGGUACCCUGUGCUUAUGAACUGGAAGGCUUGCUCUCUCCUGGUUGGAUCCUGGAUGGGUGGUUUGGCUGACAGUGUGAUUGAUGUGGGCAUGGUCUUCAGUUUCCCCUACUGUCGCUCUCUGAAGGUGGAUCACUUCUUCUGUGAGGUCCCUGCCCUGCUGCGCCUAGCCUGUGCUGACACCUCACUCUUUGAGGAUCUCAUCUAUGCUUGCUGUGUGGUCAUGCUGCUGCUGCCCCUUGGGGUCAUUGUGGCUUCCUAUGCCCGGGUCCUUGCAGCUGUCAUUAGGAUGCCCUCCACUGAAGGGAAACAGAAGGCUCUGACCACUUGCUCCUCCCACCUGGCUGUGGUGGGCCUGUACUAUGGAGGAGCCAUGUUUAGCUACAUGCAGCGGGCCUCCACUAGAACACCAGUGAGAAACCGAGCCACCUCCAUCUUCUACACCAUCCUCACUCCAGUGCUCAACCCACUCAUUUAUAGCUUAAGGAACAGGGAGGUAACAAGGGCCCUGAGGAUGGUGCUGGAGAGAUGGAGAGUGUAG